AGCAUCGUGCAAAAAGUUGGUGCAUCAAGAUCGGCAAGAUCGGUGGAAGUGAACCGCUUAAUUAUCUGGAUUUUCUAUCGAAGAUCGCUAAAGCACGAAAAAGUCGUAUUUCCUGAAGGAUUUCUAAAGAGACGAAUGAUCAGAGUCGACAAAGGAUCGUCACGAAAAAACUCGGAUUAAGAUCAGAGCGAGAAUGGUCAACUACAUUAGUUUCGUUCUAAUUGCGAUGGCGUCGGUCGCGAUAGCCGAGUCGAGAGUGAUUCCGACUGAGCCUAUUUCUGUGACGCUGGAUACUUACGGCAAUCCUGUAAUGUUCCUGAGAGAAAAGAGGACAGCCGUGCGUCCUUAUCCACACAGGACGAUGAUGUUCACCGGUUAUUACAGACCGAUACGUCGCACGAAUAACAGUGGCCAGGCAACAGGCGUCUUCGCGCAAGGAAAUGCUGUGAGUGGCGAAGCUUUCUUCGGUGGUAUGCACACGCCGCAUCUCAAGGGUGGCCCGGAACCAAUCGAGGAAUCGGAAGUGUCCAGCGCCGAGGCACAGGCGGCGCCGGCGCCUGAAGAACAGGAACGCGAAUUUCAUCAUCAUCGAAAUGAAGUGCAUCGUCAUGAGGAAGAGCAGCAUCACGAGCAUCGUCACGAUGAGGAGGAACAGCUUCAUCCCGACGAUCCUCAUUAUCAUCAGGAUUCUUACCAUCAUCAUCAGGAUUCUUUGACCCCUCAGGGGCAUCAUGAAUUGGAGCAGAUUCCGUUAACUACAGAAAUUGCACAACCGACGGAAAAGCCGUUUACUGCCACGGAGGCGUCUCGUCCAAAGAUGCAUCAUUCCAAAAAAACGCAUAAGACACCCGUAACUAUCGCUGACGAUGAUGACGACGAUGAGGAUGAGGUGGAUGAGGAAGACGAUGAACCGGUUGUGCCAUUUGUACCUUUUAAGGGCAACAGACGUCGUCAGAAAUAUCCUCAUUUGAACAACUUCUUCCCUAUGGUCUUCAGCUUCCCAAGACUGGCUACUCGCGCUGGAUCUUCUGGAUCUGUUCCUGGUGCUAUCACUGCCAUUGCAAAUAGUUACUCUACAGGAAAAGGCGGAGUUGCCAGCUCAGUAGCCACUGCUUAUGGAGGAUCUCCAACUGGAAAGAAACAACGCCCGCAGCCGUAUAAGGAAUAAUUGUUAAAGUGAUCGAUGUUAUCAGCGAAUUAACAAAUUAAAUUCGCCUAAUAAGAAGUUUUUAAGACAAUCUCUUUUGGACAACUCGCACAUUAUCCUCGUAAUUGCUAAGUCUUUUU